AUGACAGAAGUGCAGCCACGGAAAACCACCUAUUGCGGCGUGUGCACCAUGCCCCCCGAGUUCUGCGAGUUUGGAAUCCAGCUCGCGAAAUGCCAAGCUUGGCUCGAGGACAACAACCUCGAACUCUACACCCGUCUAUAUCCAUCCGCCGACGAAACCAGCGGCACCGGCACCAGUAGCGACGCCCUCACUGAAAAAGACAUUGCCAAAAAGCAGGCGCGCGAACAGGCCAAAUUAGCCAAGGAACAAGCACGGUUGAAGGCGGCCAAGAUCACCAUUAAGCGAAUCGAGCGCAACAAGCGCAAGCACAUCAUCUCCAUCUCGGGGCUAGAGGUCUUGAGCGAAGUCAUCGACGUCAAGAAGUUGGCCAAGCUGAUGGCGGCCAAGUUCGCUACUGGCGCGAGCGUCACAAAGAACGCCGAGGGCAGCGAUGAGGUGUUGGUGCAAGGCGACGUUAGCGAUGAGGCGAGGGCGUUUAUCGAGCUGUUGAUUGCUGAGCAUGAGGGGCUGGGGUUGGAGGAUGUCAAGGUUGAGCAGGUUGACGAUAAGAAGAUCAAGAAGAAGGCCGACGCUGCUGCUGCUGCUGCUGCUGCCUCGGGGAAAAAGUAG